AUGGCCACGAAGGAUAAACAAGAUUCCGCGCUUCCCCCUUCCGCGCCGCCGGGAUUCAGCGACCACACGUUCACACCACCAAGUGGCGUGGAACUCGCGGUCCGUGUAUGGCCCGCCGAAACUCCCAUCAGCGAGCCGGCUCCGUUUAUCAUUUGGACUCACGGAGGCGGGUGGUUCGGUGGAUUUCACUUUGCUCCGCUUCCAUGGAUGGCGCCCGGCUUCCGGCAGCGGGGCUAUCACUUCGUAUCUCACAACUACCGCCUUGCCCCUCAAGCUGGGGUCGAAGAACAGCUAGAAGAUACCCUCGCAGCCAUUUCUUGGUGCCGCGCAAAUCUCCCAUCCAUCCUCGGGGAAAAUCAGGUUGACGUUGACCGCUACGUCCUGACCGGAGAGUCCGCCGGUGGCCAUUUGGCUACUUUAGCGGGACUGCAUGUUCCCAGUCCCUCCCCCAAGGCAAUCGUCAACAUGUAUGGAGUCGUGGACUUUGUCUCCAUGAGCGCCUUCGGGCCACCAGAGAAACGUGCUACCCGAGCCACCCAGCCUCCUUGGGAUGGCAGGUUCUCGGAGGAGACUCUUGCCAAACUUUUACGAGACCGUGAUCAAGCAAAUGCCGUAACCGAUGCACUCCCGUGGGAUGAGUUCAAGCGCAUCCCUGAUACUGUCAUCAGCAAGUUGUGGGCAACCGAUUUCAAAUACACGGAAAGGGCUUUGAUCCAGGCCGAACUACAUAUCAGGUAUGCCCUGAGCGCGUCAGCCGAGGGGUUGCGUGUGGGUAUUUUGCACGGCGAAAGAUUUCAGAGCGAGGAGGAGCUGAUCGCAUUUGUUCGUUCGGUAUCCCCUCUCCGGGUUCUUCAGCACCGAGCGGCUGAGGGCAAGAAGGGGGCUGAUUUGUUUCCCCCUACUGCUUUUCUACACGGAACCGGGGACGUUGACGUUCCUGUGGAACAGAGCUACGCAAUGGCCAGCGUGCUCAAGGAUGCUGGUGUCCCCGUCGUUGAGUCUUACGAAGAGGGGGAACCCCACGUAUUUGAUUUGAAGUAUACAGGCCCUGAUGUUCCUGGCUGGGACACGUACAUCGUACCCAUUCUCGACUUUAUCGACGAACAUCUCAGCAAGAAGUAA